AUGGAGGUGACAACAACUAGUUUCCCAUUCGGUGCUGAGACCCUGGGCACUUUUGGAGGCUGUGUGAGUACAGGUAUCAUCUGUAAUGUGGUGGAGGAUCAAUUGAUGAUCAUUGAUGCGAGGGUGCUCCCAGGAUCUGAAGGAGGAGCUGUGAUCAGUGUAAACCAAGAUGUUGUUGGGAUUAUAGUUUCUCCUCUUGUGUUGAAGACUGGUCAACUGUCAGGUUUAAGCCUUGUUUGUGAAAUUAAUGAGGUUUUAAAGUCUUUUAGGGAUGUAUGCUAUAAAAACACUCUAAAUAGUGGUGUUCAAUUUUUUCAUAAAACUUUAAGUAAAGGGGAAUUAUGUGCGGAGGAAAAAUCUGGAAAAAUCAAUUCGGCUGGUGUUGUUGUGUUGGAAAAUAACAAAGGAUGGGGAUCAGGUGUUGUUGUUGCAAUAAAUUAUAAAUUAAAGGAUAAUGCAAGCAUUAUUAUUGCCACCUGCAGACAUGUUGUUCAACCUGUAGCAGAUUGGGGUGUGCGUGUACAGUUUUGCAGCGGAAAAAAUCAAGUUAAACGAAAUGGGACAAUUAUUUAUAAAAGUAAAGUUUCGUGGCUGGAUUUUGCAUUGGUUAAGGUGGACUGCGAUGUUACUUUUUCCCAACGCCUCAUUCAGGAUAUAAGUAACUUUAUUAAAAUCAGCCAUACGUGUUUUGUAUUGAAAUAUGAAACCAAUUAUUUUAAAGGAGUUGAUGUAUACGCAACUGGCCACUGCUUGCUAGAACAUCAUAAAAAUGGACCAACCAUUACACAUGGCAUUUUAUCAAAUGUGCUCUAUCUACCACAAAAUGCAUUCAAUACUUUUUCAAAGGCUGUCAUGUUACAGACAACAUGUAUUGUACAUGAUGGUGCGAGUGGUGGAGCUGUGUUUUCAAAACUGGAUAAUAAGCUGCUUGGUUUGAUAGUAAAUAACGUUAAAGAGGUUUUCACUGAAGAAAGGUUCACGUUAUACCCAGAUGUCAAUUUCAUUCUUCCUGCUGUCUUGUUUAUGCCAUUGUUGUGUAAAUAUUUACUCGGAAAAAUGAAUGUGUUUGAAAACUUGGAUAUUUUAUCUGAAAGCAAAGAAAUUCAAAAUGUUUGGUUUCUUGGAAAUUCUGAUGAAAAUCAGAAAAUUGCAUCAAAGUUGUAG